AUGAGGCUCAAGUUUUUUGCACUCAUUAUCGUCAUCAGCGCAUAUGUAUUUCUGGAUGCAUCGCAGACAUCGUUGAGAUCAUCGUCACUGGAAAACCCGCCUGGUUGGCCGGCUUUUAGACGUGCAGCGGGUGCCAGUCUUCCCAGCACGGAAAAUCAGACGCUCGCUGGAGGCGAGCACGUACGAACGCAGGAGCUACCCGGGGGGAAACAAGCGAAUGUGGUGCGUCCGCGCCCCCUGGCGUACGUUACUUUUCUAUAUGGUGACACGUACGUACUCCCGGCGCGUGUUAUGUUCCAUUCGCUGCGCGUUCACCAGCAGAGAGGUGUGCUCUUCGAGCCAGCUGGUGGCACGGCGGGCGAGCUUGACGAACGAACGCUGGAAGCGGCGAGCGCGGCGCGAGCUGGGCACGACCUGCAGCAACCACAAGCUAUCCUCCUGUCCAUGGUGACUGCUGACGUUUCCGCGAAAGCACGCGCUCAGCUUCACCGUGACGGAGUUUACACCUUGGAGGUUCGUCGAGUACGGAACCCGUACACGGGGGGCGAACACUACAAUCAUCGCUUUGAUGAUGUACUCGCAAAACUGCAAGUUUUCGCUCUUGAACAGUUCGAAAAAGUCGUAUACGUUGACGCGGAUACAUUGGUGUUAGGUGAUGUUCAAGACAUGUUCGAGUGUGGCGACUUUUGCGCUGCAUUUAUCAAUCCCUGUCAUUUUAAUUCGGGAGUUAUGGUUAUACGGCCAUCACAGGCUCUUUUCCAGAGUAUGCUCGAAAAACUGGCCGUUACAGAAUCCUACGAUGGAGGCGACCAGGGCUUCCUCAACGUCUACUUCUCGGAGCUGUUCUACGCGCCAGGUUUCGGGCCAGACGAUGCGCAUCGCGGGGGUCCCUUGCGUCGAUUGCCCUUUGGAUACCAUUUGGACCAUAUUGUGUACUAUCCACGGCUACAGUGGGAGGUUCCAGCUCGCUGUGGUGGUCUUCGUAUCAUGGAAUUCAUGGGUGUACCGCUCUUCAAACCGUGGCAAUGGUGGACGUACCCAGUCAUGGACCUUUCCUGGGCCUGGCACGCGAUGCGAUCUCAGCUGUCGGAUCCGUAUCCCCCGGACUACAGCCUUAACUGGAAGUGGGUUGCUUUGCGGUUUCUGGGUGUCUAUCUGGGAAUGUACGUGCUCUGGUGGUCGAUGUCGAAUCCACUGGGUUUCGCUCCACCAAACCGUCGCCGCCGAGCUCCGUUUCUCUGGCUGGGGAAUUGGUUUGCACAAACUCGAGUUAUGCGGUAUUUUUUCGGGCUUGAUGAUCGUCUGUACCUCUACGUGAUGGUGAUCGUAGGCAUGACCGGAUGGUUGUGCACUACGUUGGCGGCAGCACUUUGCAUCCCCAUGUUGGCGACUCCGUACUUGGCGGUCGCGAUCUAUAUUCACUUCAAAGUGCUUUUUACAUUCUUCUGGAUGAUAUGUUUCGGAACGAUGUGUAUGCGAAGGCAUCGACUCUCGGAUGGGAAGCACGCACGUGGUGGUGUGCUUUUCCGGUUGCUCUGUUACGCACUCGCAGAUGCGAGUGCUCCGCCCAUUGUUUUUGGCAUUGCCUGGCACAUUCCUUGGAGCUCCUUCUUCGCCAAGAUAUUCGGCCUUUUAGCCUGUCUCCCGUUCUAUCUUAUUGGCUUGAACGCAACAUAUGCGCAUCUGGUGCUUCUCUGGGCCCGUCAAGGGGCACUCAUAGCGGAGCGCGAACGGGCUCGCAGCCGCAGUCUCAACGCUGCCCCUGACGACUCUGAACUUGCCGCGUUCUUCUCCGAGUUGUCGCGCGAGAAUCCAACGGCCGUACUACUGACCGAUUCCCCCACGCAUACGCCUCGUCUUCCUGUGACGAACACGCCUGGGUCAGCUGCAGCACCAUCUACUCGGCACCAGUUGCGCAGUCCGUAG